UAAUUAACUCCAUACUCAAGUAAGGAAAAUGUCGAUUGAAGAUUCACUUCCAUCAACUCUCACUUCUGCUCAGACUGGAGCCACCCAUGUCGUGGGACGCCGUUCUGCAGGAUUUCAUCCCAGCGUGUGGGGAGAUUAUUUCCUUAAUUACACUUCGGGAUCGAUGAUUACCGAUGUAAGAGCAGAGCAACAUAGAGAGAAACUCAAGAUGGAGGUGAAGAGGAUGCUAACCGAUGCUGAUGAUGAUUUCGAUAAGUCAUCUGACAAUAAACUAUAUCUGAUUGAUCAAAUUCAACGCCUAGGGAUCGGCUACCAGUUCGGCAGAGAGAUUGCCGAAGUUCUUGAGCAAAUUCACAGUUGGUACUCCAACCGUGACCAUGCAGACUACGCUGAUGACCUUUGUACCGCUGCUCGCAUGUUUCGCUUACUUCGUCAGCAGGGCUUCAGGAUUUCAUGCGAUAUCUUUGAUAAGUUCAAGGACAGCAAUGGGGAAUUCAGUGAAUCUCUAGUCAAAGAUGUGAGAGGGUUGCUUAGCUUAUAUGAAGCCAGCCAUUUUAGGGUUAACGGAGAGGACAUCCUCGAAGAAGCCCUAAGUUUCACCAUUCAUCACCUGAGAUCCGCUGUGGAAAUCGAUGACCCGAAGCUAAACCGUAACCUUGUCACUGAAGUGAAACAUGCCUUAAAGCGAUCCCUACGCAAAGGGUUGGUGAGACUAGACGCAUGGCACUACAUCAAACUCUAUGAAGAAGAUGCUUCCCACAGUGAAGUGCUUUUGGAGUUGGCGAAGUUGGAUUUCAACUGUUUGCAGAAGUUUCACCAAAAGGAGCUCUCUGAAAUUACAAGGUGGUGGAAAGAUUGUCUAGACGUCGAGAGGAACUUCCCGUACAUAAGAGAUAGAGUUACCGAGAACUAUUUCUGGAUCCUGGGAGUAUAUUUUGAGCCGGAGUUUUCACUACCAAGGAUGAUGCUCGCCAAAGUCAUUUCCCUGCUUUCGAUAAUGGAUGAUACUUAUGAUGUUUUUGGGACACCCAAAGAGCUGCAACUCUUCACUGAUGCAAUUGACAGGUGGGACAUUGGAGCCAUCGACGAACUCCCGCAGUACAUGCAGAUAUUCUACAAGGCACUACUAGACACUUAUGAAGAAUUCGAGAAAACAUUAGCUAAGCAAGGAAGGACGUACCGCCUCUUUUAUGCAAAAGAAGCUAUGAAAAAUCAAGCAAAGGUCUACUUCAAAGAGGCAACCUGGUUCCAUCAAAACUACACCCCCACACUGGAAGAGUACAUGCCCCUUGCGAUGGAAACAACAGCCUACGGGAUGCUAGCGACCGCAUCUUUCCUAGGAAUGGGAGAUGUUGCCUCCAAGGAUGCCUUUGAAUGGCUGUUAAGCGACCCCAAGAUCCUUCGUGGGUCGAUGAUCGUGUGCCGACUCAUGGACGACAUCGUCUCUCACAAGUUUGAGCAGAAGAGAGGACAUGUAGCUUCGGCAAUAGAAUGCUACAUGAAGCACCAUGGUGCAACAGAGCAAGAGACGGAGGAGAAACUCUGGAAGAUGAUCGAUGAUGGAUGGAAGGACAUCAACGAGGAGUGCCUCCACCCGACCCCAGUCCCCAUGCCACUUCUCACGCGAAUUGUCAACUUUACGUGUGUGAUUGAGGUGCUCUAUAAAGAUAAAGAUCGAUACACCAACUCGCAAACUGACUUGAAGGACUACGUGACUGCUUUACUCGUUGAUCCAAUUCCACUAUAAAUUACGUUAAGACAGUGUUUAGUUCAAAGAUGGCAUGGUCUCUACUCUCUAUGUCUGUCUCUAUAUGAAUUUGAUUGAGUGAAGUUUUUGCUGGUAGUGUUUUCCUUG